GGCUCCCCGCCACGGGAUCCCCGUCCCGGGCGGGUUCCCCGCCACACCCCGUCACAGGCUCCCCGUCCCGGGCGGGCUCCCCGCCACACCCCGCCCGUCACGCCGCACGGCGGGUUCCCCGUGCCCGGGAUGGCGCUGACGGUGCUGGACGUGGCGCACUGGAGCACAUGGGCGGUGUGUGCCGUGAUCAAGCUGCCGCAGCUGGCGGCAGUGUUGCAGGCCGGGUCGGCGCGGGGGCUCAGCGUGAGCAGCCUGCUCCUGGAGCUGGCCGGCUUCAUUGUGUUUCUGAGGUACCAGAUCUACUAUGGUUACCCUCUGCAGACAUACCUGGAAUAUCCCAUCAUCAUUGCACAAGAUGUCAUUCUCCUUCUGUGCAUUCUGCAUUUCUUUGGGAAAAUGAAACGAGCUUUGUUCUUUGCAGUUAUAUUUUGGGGGGGCUGGUACAUGCUAACACUGCGGAAGUGGAUAAUAGACCUGGCCAUGAACCUGUGCACAUUCAUCAGUGCAGCCAGUAAGCUGGUUCAGCUGUGGUGUCUCUGGCAGACCAAAGAUUCCGGACAAGUGAGCGCCUUGACCUGGAGUCUGUCUGCAUACACCUGUGCAACAAGAAUAUUUACAACUCUAGUGACUACAAAUGACCUCGCAGUUCUCAUCCGUUUCAUAACCAUGCUCAUUCUCAAUAUUUGGGUCACAGCCACAAUCCUGCACUACAAGAAGACUAAAAAGACCGAUUAGAAGACACUGAUUAACACACAUAUCAUUACCAUGAAAAAAAGGCAAACUACAAUUAAGCUUGAAGAACACAACAAAGGUUGAGGAAACUCCCUGUCUCUCUCAAGCCUAAUAUUUACCCCUUAGCAUUCUUAUAGUAUGUACAGUUCUUACAGUAUAGUACCUCCAUGCUUACUUUAUCUAAGAAAUAAUUUUGAUAAGAUACUUAAUUUAAGCAGCAUAUUUUUAUUGGUCAUUUCAGACAAGUUUCACUAAUAUCACAUUUUCUCUGGAUUUUUUUACUACAACGUAUUUUGUAAUUAGAUGUUUAUAUAUUCUUGUAUCACUUCAGUACUUUCUGGUUACAUAUAAGCAAUUUUCUUCAGUUUAUACAUGAUCAAUUUUGUACCAACAUACCGACUUGUCUUUCUGCUGCAAGAUUGAAAAACCACAACAGAUGUUUGUCUUGCAAGCAACUCAGUUAAACAUUAACUAUCUGUAUUUUAGGAUGAAGAAAAUCUGAGUCAAGGCCCAAUCCAAAAUAAGGUUCUAAAUGUCUUUUACUAAGUCACAAAUCCACUUGGGAUUGUAACACUUACAUGCAACACUUAAAUAGUACAAUUUAUACAGCUGAUACAGGAUACCCUUGGUCACUUUCUUCAGUAUACCCAGUUUUUAUUGGAUAAGAGCAGAAACUCAACUAUGAAUUCUUCUUUUCCAACCUGAGCUCUCAUUCACUGAACAUACUGUUUUGGGAGCAUCGGAGACUGGAAUGUACGGGAAUGAAUGAAACUGACCACCAGUUCAAAAAGGUGUUCAAGCAGAAGUUCCUGAACCGAUGUCCAGAAUCCCCAAACACAAUCCAUACUGACAGUGACCUGGCUACAUGUGCACCUUGAUGCACCUCAGCAGGCUCAUCUCCCAUGGUUGGUCAGUUUUUGGUGAUACUGCUCUGUGGUUAAUUAGUUUUUGGCCUGUCUGUGCUAAAGGGUAUUGAAGAACAUAGACUUCACUUAAAUUUUUACUUCAGAGAUUCUAAUCAAUUUGCAGUACUUAGAGUAAAAAGGGGCAAAAGGGUAUUCUUGAGAACUAUUAACGGGAUUUUGCCUUUGGAAGCAAUGCCUUCUAAACCAAAAGUUACAUUAGUAAUCACAUAUCUUGUCUUCAUUUCUCAUUACAUUCUCAAAAAGAUACAUCAUUUCAAAAGACUUCUUACGGUAUUCUGUUCAUUGGCAUGUACAAACCAAGGCACCCUUGAUCCCAACACUCCUGAAAACUAUGGGAAGACUGCAUUGACUACAUUAGAGGCAGGUUUUCUUUGCAACAUGCUAAAUUGUGGGACUCUUAUGGAGGAGCGGGAUGUGCAAAAGCAGAUGUUUCCACCAGUGAACACUCAGCAAUCAGACUGAGACUUUCACCAUCAGAAAACAGCUGCUUUGUUUUUAGAGUGGGAAGGGGUGGGAAGAGGUGUUUCUGUGGAUCUAGAUUUCAUGUAUCUCACAUUACUGAGGGCAAGUCAAAGAUGAGCAUUUUUACUGCUACAAUAAAAUAUAUAAAUCUUUCUAUGUUGGUUGAGAGAUUAACUGUAAACAUUCUGUUACGGAUUUUACUAAAGCUGUGUAAAGUAUCUGAAGUGGUCUAAAUGGUGGCAGGUGGCAUGUGGUACAUUUUUCAGGUGGUAUUAAUAAAUGCUAUUCUUCAA